GUACAUCCUCGGUGGCAACAUACGUACUGGCAGGCGCUUCUCAACACGAUUUUCCAACGAAUACGGUCUAAUAAUAAUAACCCGGAAAACUCAUUCAUUACUCGGACAUGAUACCGUUUUUAUGUUUCCGAAAUAUCCCUACGGAAAGGAUAAAAGUUCAACUACUUGCUUGUUGCCCUUCUCAUUGCCCAGAAACAUGAAGCUAUCCUUGAUCACCGUUGCCUUGUUCGCUGCCUUUGUUCAUGCUGCGCCCGCGCCAAGCGUCGAUGUUCCCGCUUCGAUGGAAGAGCUCACCGCGGCAUCCCCCGAUACUGCUUUUAAACGAAGCAUAGACGUUCCCUCCUCGAUGGAAGAGCUCACCGAGGCAUCCCCUGAUACUGCUUUUAAGCGAAGUGUUGACGUACCCACCUCGAUGGAAGGACUCACGGGAGAAACCCCAGAUGUCGCCUUCAAGCGAGGUAUCGACGUGCCUGCCUCAAUGGAAGAACUCAAAGGAGCAUCUCCAGGGACUGCCUUCAAACGAAGUGUUGACGUACCCGCUUCAAUGGAAGGACUUACUGGAGAAAACCCGGAUACUGCCUUCUAGCGAGAUUGCGACUUCCCGCUGUCUGCAGAGCUGAUGUCUCUUUCAAGCGUAGAGAGCCUAUAGUAG